AAAAAGAGGCACAUUCACUGAGCAGCUGUCCAACUGUGAACCUAAAAUGGGAAGGAUCAUCUUUUAUGAGGACAGGAACUUCCAGGGGCGGCACUAUGAGUGCAGCAGUGACUGUGCCAACCUGUCCCCUUACUUCAGCCGCUGUAACUCCAUCCGUGUUGAGAGUGACUGGUGGGUGCUGUAUGAGAAACCCAAUUACAUGGGAUACCAGUAUGUUCUGACCAGGGGAGAGUAUCCUGACUACCAGCGCUGGAUGGGAUUCAAUGACUGUGUCAGGUCAUGUCGCUCCUACCCACAGGCAAGUGACAAAGUUGGUCCAAUUGUUUUUUGCUAAUGGGAAUUGUUUAUU